AUCGACUGUGCGCGAGCGACGCAAUUAUUGCUACUCACGUGUUGAUCCGUACCGUACACGAACGUCGUCGUGGUCGUCGUGGUCGUCGUCGCCGCCGUAUACGUCGCGAUAGCCGCGUAAAAUAGUUCGUUUCGUUACUGCACUGUAUUUCGUAGGCAUUUCGACUUUUUUGUCCGAGGAUUUUUCGCGGCUACACCUCCGAUAAUACGCUAUUCAAUAUAUUAUACAUUGCCGUAGAUAAUAAAUAUAAUUUAUAAAAAAUAAUAAACACUUUAUAGGCUGCGCGUUUUUUGUGCUAUCCGCUGCAUUGCUGCAGUGCAUGCAGUGAUGCGUUUCGGCGGCUUGCAACGGCAGUGAUAAGCGAACUGCAGGAACGCAAUGAUGACCAUGAUGAUGAUGCAACGUUUGCUCCAGAACAACAACAAUAACAACAACAACCCCAACAACAAUAACAAUAACAAUAACAACGUCUACGCGGACGAGAUGAGGCUGAACGGCAUACGUCACCAUUCAGCGAGUCCGUUUUCGAAACCAGCCGCCGUGCAGGCCGCGACGCCCGACAGCUGCGGCGGCGAACCAGACGCGCUGACGUCGGCCGGCUGCAAUGAGCCACAGCUACAGCCCGUUUCGCCGCAGUUCACCUGCACCGGUACCGCGACGGCCGGUGCCGCACAAGCCGGACCGACGUGUACCACCGUGGUGACCGUGGCCGCGGCUGACGACCGGCUGACGUCCGACGAGGACGACGAGCUGAACGUGGACGAGCUGAACGUGGACGAGCUAAACGUGGACGAGGACCCGGUGGACAUGACCAACAACCGGUUGCACGGCGGCCGGGUGGUCGCCGGCCACGGACUGCUGCACUGCAGCGACCGCGGCCUGCACCAGCAGACAGGAAGCGCGGCCGCCGUCGUCCCGAUGGACACCGCGGCCGCGGCCAACGAUUACGAGACGAGCGGCAACAGCAAGGGCCGGCUCGCGUUUUCCGUCGAGAACAUACUCGACCCGAACAAGUUCACCAGAAAGCUCAUGGCACCCGCCGCUGUUCUGCCCAGGUGGAGGCCUCGGGUCGACUUCGCCACCGACCCUUCCGGAGCCGGCGAAGAAUGUUCGCGCAACUACAUGAUGGACGAGGACGACGAGGACAUCAGCGUAAGCGGCGACGGAUGCGGCAGCGACAUGAGCGACGACCGGGACAAGGUCAGUGGCGACGGCAGUUCUUCGACCGGCGGCGGCGGCGGCGGCGGCGGAGGCAGUGCGAAAAAGUCCAAAUCGUCUUCCGACCACUGCGGCGGAGGCGGCGGAGGCGGCGGAGGCGGAGGUUCGAAAAACGGAGGCAGCGGCAAACCGCGGAGGGCCCGGACAGCGUUCACGUACGAACAGCUGGUGGCGCUCGAGAACAAGUUCAAAACGACGCGGUACCUGUCGGUGUGCGAGCGGCUCAACCUGGCGCUGUCGCUGUCGCUCACCGAGACCCAGGUGAAGAUAUGGUUCCAGAACAGGCGGACCAAGUGGAAGAAGCAGAACCCCGGACUGGACGUGAACAGCCCGACGGUGCCGCCGCCCGGGCCGGCCGGAUCGUCGGCCACCGGUGGACCGCCGUUCUUCCACCCCCUGGCCUACUCGGCCGCUCACCACUACCAGACGCAGAGCUACUCGGCCGCCGCGGCCGCCGCGUACUUCCACCACCUGGGCGCGCACCACUCCACGAUCGGCGGCCACCAUCCGCCGUCGUAAUGGCCCGUCUCCCGUUCCUAAAUAUUGCAAUAUUAUAUAACACGACCGCACCCCCAUCGUCCACGGACGCCAGACCGCGGCGAGACGGCGUCGGCCAGAUCUCAAAAUAAUAAUAAUGAUAAUAAUGAUAAUGAUAAUGAUAAUAAUUGUGUACGAUAAUAAUAUCAUAGUUUGCUCGCCGCCGGGCCGGACGACGAGACACCGCGACGGCAAUAAUGUAUUAUAACAAUACGGUCAAAAGUAGUCGCCUCUCUUUGGACCGACCGCUAGUUUCAGAGUUAUUCGCCUCUGAGAUUUUUCCAAUAUAGAUGGGUGGGUGGUAGCCGGUGGGUGGUAGCCGGUGGGUGGUAGCCGGUGGGUCCUCUGGUAAAUGCAGUUAUGUUAUACUCGGCGGGUAAUCAAUAAUGAUCGGAAAUAUAACAAGUCGUAUGAUAUAUUGUUAUGCACUAUAAUUAUACUCGCGAUAUUUGUAACUGUUGCAUCUGAACGAUUUUCAGUCAUAUCCACUCCACUGACUGAGCAUCGCGGUCGACGGACUUAUUCACCUGGCGGACCCUAGAUGAUGGGUUUGACCUAUACCGGCACACGAGGGAAAAAAAUCAGUCUACAUCACUGCAUGUAUGUUUUUGAAGGCGCAUUUCCACAUUUUUUUCUGGUCAUUUCCCCCUAUUUUGUGGCAUCACGCAUUUAACGGUUUGCGUUAUUUUCAAGAUGUUUUUUUUUACAUAAUUUUAACUAUAUCAUUACGAAACAAAACUUUUGAAAGGAAAAAAUCUAUACAUUUUUAUCGUUGUCAACUUUUAUUUUUAUUUUUUUCGUAUUAUGCAUAUUUUGAAAAACAUAAAUAAACAAGUCAUAACGAAUAUGAAUUAUUAUCAUGGGUACACCUACACAGCCAAAUUAAUUUUUUUUUUACGACGCAUUAUAUUAUGCAAAUCUUUUUAUCCUUUGACCUUUCGGCUCAUCCGGCUAACGUGAACUCAAAGUAUACUCUGGUCCCAAUAAGUGAUGACUACUGCAACAGUAUUAUAAUAAUAUAUUUUGAAACGACCCAAUACGAAUAUGCGAGGGCGGUCGACCCGAUUUGUAGCAACUAGCAGAUCGCCCGAGAUCGUAUUUUUGUCGCGGUUUUUCCGAUCGAAAUCUCCGAGUCCAGACCGCUGCUGGGUAUUCACGGUGGUAUUCGAUGUUAUAUACCUAUAGAUGACCGCGAAUACCUGGAUACAUAUAAUAUCAUUUAUGUUAUAAUAUUAUGUAAACUCUUAUAAUGAUAAUAAUACGUUAUGUCGUCGUCGUGACAUUAUGAUAAUUUUUUAUAGCUAAUGUUUUCCGUACCCCUUCUGCGCCCAUCCCGCAAAACCCAUAUUACGAUAUUAUCAUGUAUCUUAGAUAUCUUGUGUAAACUAUUACGAUUUUACGUCUUAUUCUUGUUAUAUAAUAUAAUAUAUCAUAACAUAAUAUUAUUAGUAAUAUAU